AUGAUUAAAAUUGUGCAUCAUCCUGUUGUAAAUAAUUUAUUUUCUCACAACAAGGUGCAAAAGAAGAACAUUUGCCCUCUUGGUUACUCCUCUCAUGUCCCCUUUUUUAAUGAACACAAUGAACUGAGAAAGAAAGUUUACCGUUUUAAAGUAUUCGUGAAGGAGCGAAAUUUAAGAAAUAAUUGUGGCGGUAAAGAUGGGCGGCUUACACACAAAGGUACCAAUAUAGACGAUCAAACAGACAGGCAGCCGAGGGGAGCUGAAAAAAAAUACUGUGCUAGGGAGACAACGAUCGAAGAGGUGGACAAUGAGUAUGGAAGCGCAGACCGUGGCGAAGAUGAAGAGAGGAAAAAAGGACACCAAGAGGAUGUCCAUUUUGUGAGUGAUAUGGCCAAUGAGGGGGGAACCCUUUCGAAUGCUGACUCCCCAGAGUGUGCAUCAUCCGUCCCUCCUGAGGGACACGGGGCUCACGGGAAAAGUCUUGGUGGUGACUCCACUGAGGGACACACAGGGUGGGCGCAAGAUUGGGAACGUCAUAUAGGAGAAAUUGAAGCGAAGGAGAAGGGAAAGGGAGGGUUUUGCGACAAGCGAGAAGAUUAUGCAAGCGAAAUGACAAGUGAAGAAGAGGCACAGCAGGGCGGACAGAACGGAGCCGAAAACGGAGAAGAAAAGGGGGAACAAAAUGCCCAGUCACAUGAAGAAGAACCCCCCGACCUGCAUAGCCAGGCACAACGCCAACCUCCUCACGAACGGAAAGGGAAAAAAAAAGACCUGGACCUAAAAAUCAUAAGGAACCUACCCCUGAUAUCUAUUAUAGGCAGACCGAAUGUUGGAAAGUCUACCAUAUUCAACCGACUGACGAGGAAGUUCCAAGAGGGUAGCAUCGUCCUAGGACAAAGCAGCACAAGAGAUAAAAUUUAUGGAGAAGUGGAUUGGGAUGGUUACAAAUUUGAGGUGGUGGAUACAGGUGGCCUCCUAUUCGAAGAUGAAAAUUUCUGCAAACAAAUACGAGAUCAAAUUUUGUUAUCGCUUAACGAGUCCUCAGUCGUGUUGCUUGUCGUUGAUGGGAUAAACGGGGUCCACCCUGUCGACCUCGAGAUAUGCAGGUUCCUCAGGAAGUACAUUAAAAACAAGUACAUUAGUAAAAUGGCCACUCGGAAGAAGCGGGCCGGCCGCGUUAACCAUGAUGAGGGUGGAAGACACCCGCCGGAGGACGCAUCGAAAGGUAGCAGCACAUCGAGUGAUGCGUCCCAAGGGCCCGCAGUGGACAACUCUCAAACGGACACUACGUCCCGAAGGUCUCACAACGGCGCUGACACGAGGAACGCAGAAAGGGAAGAAGAGGGGGAAGAAGAAGAGCAAGAAGCAGACGAAGAAGCAGACGAAGAAGCAGACGAAAACGAUGGGCUAAAGAAAGACACGCUAAAAGUUAUCGUAUGCGUGAACAAGUGCGAGUCGUACAAAGAUGGGAACGUGAAGGCGCAAAACUUCUGGGAAUUGGGGUUCGGAACGCCCUAUCCCUGCAGUGGGAUCCAUGGAAAUGGGCUUACCGAAAUUUUAGACGAAUGCAUCAAGUAUAUAAAAAAAGUGGAGAUAAACGAAAUGGAAGAAGAAAAAAAUCAAGAAAACACCAUAAACAUUAGCUUCAUUGGAAAACCAAACACAGGGAAGUCAAGUAUAUUAAAUAAAAUUCUAAAUUGUAAUCGUUUCAUCGUUUCCCCUAUAGCAGGAACCACGGUUGAUUCGAUUGACAUUUUAGUAAAGAUUAAAGACAGUGACAGAAUUUACAGAUUGAUUGACACUGCUGGAAUACAAAAAAGGAAAAAAAAUGUCCCCUUUAACGAAAAAACGAAAUAUGAAUACCUACUAUUCAACAGAACUGAGAAGGCUAUCAAACGUAGUGACGUCUGCAUCCUUGUCAUUGACUCCUUUAAUGGAAUCAGCUCACAAGACAUAAAUAUAGCAAGAAAAAUUGUGCAAGAAAAUAAAAGCUGUAUAAUUUGCUGCAACAAAUGGGAUCUGAUAUAUAACAAAAAUGACAUUUUUAAUGACACCAAAAAUUAUGUUCUUAAUCUUCUCAAGCCAGUUGAUUUUGCCAACAUUCUGUUCAUAUCUGCAAAGACGUCGCAGAGGCUGCUUAACAUAUUCGAUAAUGCCGAAGAGACGUAUAAGCAAUACACAAGGAAAAUAAACACGAACAGUUUAAAUGACGUUAUCAAGGAAGCUCUGCUCCUUAGACCUCCAAUUCCCAUCAGGAACAAGUCGCUAAACAUUUACUACGCCUUUCAGGCCCAUAUUAAACCCCCUGGUUUUGUUUUUUUUUGUAAUUCUCAAAAGUGUGCUUACGAAAAUUACACAAAAUAUCUGGAAAGCAGAAUAAGAGACAGCUUCAACAUACGGGGCACCCCUAUUAGAAUUUACUACAAGCAGAAGAGAAAAAGAUGCCUUAUUAAGAAGGUCAAGAACCCGGACAAGUACAACCUAGACAUUGAGGCCAUACAGAAGGACUUCUUAAAGACGCAAUCUGGUCAGAAGUCCCAGGGGUGA